AACGUAGAAAUCGAUGAAAGCAAUGAGCCCCGAGCUAAACUUAGGUUGAUUUUUUUUCUCCCUUCCUCACUCAGGGUGUUUCAUCUGUCAGGUGAAAAUCCCCGAGUAGCACUCACCUGAACUUCUAACGGCGCAUGGAGCGAUGCGGUUUUGGGGCAGGUGCUCUUUAGGACGAGCUUUGCUGCCAGAGCAAACUACCAUUGAUUCCAGCAGGAGUAGCACUGGGCCCUGGCCCAGGGGCAGGGAGGUUCAUAGCCAGCUAAUCCGGGCUGCCAGAAGCUUAUUUUUAGUUCAGAAUUAGCGGGGGUUCAGCAUGAGCGACGUCAGGAGUGGAGAACUGUUCACAGUGCCUCUUCCAGGGAACUGCUUCCAAUGAUAUGGGGAAAAAACAAGUGUGCCCCCCACGUGCCCUCCCUCCAGUGCCAAGUGGAAACCAGGAUGACAUUCCACUCAGUCGUCCCAAAAAAAGAAAGCCCAAAGGAAAGACUCCUUUAGAUGACAUUGUCCAAGCGACUGUUCGUCGGCAGUCUGAAAGCAGUGAGCCCCUAACUCCUGAACCUCAGGAUGUCCCUCCUCAGCGGAAACGCAAGAAGAAGAAAGUACCUCCUGAUUCUGAGACCUCCUUUACCCAGCAGAACAUUGCAUCCUUAUUUCAGAAUGGAAAUGGCGUGGAUGUUCCUGAAGCUGAAGAACCAGUGGUCCGCAAACAGAGAAAAAGAACCAAGAAGGCUCGGCCGGCAGAAACACACAGUUCCAAUGAGCUGGAGGUAGAGGAGGAUGACAUCAUUGAAGAUGAACACAGAAGGAGCCCAGAUCAGCAGCCUGUGUUUGCUGCUCCCAGUGGAAUUAGCCAGCCUGUUAGCAAGGUGUUUGUAGAAAAAAAUCGGCGCUUUCAAGCAGCCGACCGUGCAGAAUUGAUUAAAACCACUGAAAAUAUCAAUGUGCUUUUGGAUGUGAAGUCGUCUUGGACCACCAGAGAUGUUGCCCUCUCAGUGCACCGAAGUUUCAGGGUAAUCGGACUCUUUACCCAUGGCUUUCUUGCUGGCUAUGCUGUAUGGAACAUCGUUGUUAUCUACAUUUUGGCAGGAAAUCAGCUUACCACGGUUUCUAACCUGCUCCAGCAGUAUAAGAUGCUAGCCUACCCUGCUCAAAGUUUGUUCUACUUGUUGUUGUCUAUCAGCACAGUCUCAGCCUUUGAUAGGAUUGAUUUGGCAAAAGCAUCAGUUGCACUGAGGGGUUUUCUUACCCUAGACCCAGCGGCAUUGGCUUCGUUCUUGUACUUCACUGCUCUUAUCUUAUCCUUAAGUCAGCAGAUGACAUGUGACAGAAUUAACCUCUACACACCACCUUCAGAAAAUGGCAGCAUCUGGACUGCAGGUAUGGAGGAAGAAAUUCUUCAGCCAUGGAUUGUGGUGAAUCUGGUAGUAUCUAUUCUAGUUGGGGCAAGUUGGAUCUUCUUGUCUUACCGACCAGAGCUAGACCACAGUGAAGAACUCAUGUUUCAUACUGAAAUUGAGGAAUUUCCUCAGGGAGUCAUCAUACCCAGAGUCCAGCCAUAGAGUGGAACAUGCACCUUGUAGUUAUAACUGAUGGCUCAAAGCUUUCUGUAUUUUAACCAUGUAUUAUAACUUUCAUAAAGAAAAAAAAAAAAAGUAUUUUUAUAUUGUAUAUAUUUCAUGGAUCUUUUAUGUAUGCUAAUUUUUAAUUAUUCAAAUGUGACUGAAAUCUUUUAUAUAUCUUCUUUUUAUUUUGUAAUCUAUAUUAUCUCCAGUACAUAAAGUCAAGGUACUUCUGUAAACAUUGCUACCUAGACAGGCAGAGGAAAUGGGUGAAUUCUGAAGAUCUGCUAUUCAGUGCUUUUUUGACAGCAGUGCUAUAUUGUCAUCAUCAAUCUGUGUUUCGUUACUGACACUGCUAGCAGUUGAGGUAUAUCUUUUUUCUAAGAUAUUCCAUAGAGAUGAGAGAUGAAAACAAAUCUUAGGAAGAAAGCAGUUUAAGUGAAUAAAUGCAGAUGUCUUGCAGGAUAGAACUAUCUCCUUAGCAGAUGUAGGCAAGAGCUAGUCUGAAAUAGAUUUCUCAUGCAAGUAUUACACAAGACUAGAUUUAAAUUUUAUUUAAUAUGUAUUGAGUUUUGCAUUAUUUUAUUUAAUGUGUCUGAGGGUGGUUUUAAAAGCUGUGCAGUGUCAAAAUUCCCUGGAGGCUACUGUGUUUUAUAAAAGUAGUGGUGAGUUUAGCUAGAUGAAUGAGUGGAAGGGAGAUGUAAAAGAGCCAGUAAGUUUCUACACUGUUGCCUAAGUUGCUUUAAAACAAGAAUGGGAACAUGAAUAACUAGGACAGCUUCUGCUCUGUCAAGAACUUGAGUUCUAGUGUGCUUAUUUAGCAAAUUUAAGUAAUUAUGUAAUUCUAGAGAGGGGAGAAAAAAGAAAGUUCUACUGGAAUUGAAACAUUUUCUGUAACUGCUGGCUCUAUUUUAGGGCAUUCACUUGUUUGUGGGAAGGAACUGCUUAACCUUUUUGUCAAUUAUUAUGAAGUGUAUGUAUUCUUGUAAUACCGUGGAGCUCGAUUACAGCCAGUGCUGCAUUGUACAUUGUAACAAAGAGAUUCAGGAUGCUGCUCCCCAUCAGUGUUACUUUGGAGGUCCUUGUGAUUUGCUGUAGGAGAUGAGAGAUGAGGCCACUGCUUAGUGUUCCCACAUAGGUUUCUACACAGUAAUUUCCUUGCAAAGUGGGAAAUGCACAUCACAGAUUCUUCAAGCAUCGUGUGUUUGGUUUACAGAAUUGCUGAGCUCCUGAAGAAGAGAUUAGUAAUGGAUUCUAUUUGCUAUUUCAUGCUUCUGUUAUCUUGGCAUAUACAUAAAAAGUAUAACUUCUCUCAUAAAGUAUGGAGCUCUGACACAACAGUGUGAAGGCAUCCAAUCAGUAUAGAGAAACAUGAGGAACGUCACUGCUUGAUUUCAUUUCUGAAAUUAUUCCUAGGAAUUGGCCUUCUAAGUAUCCCACAAACAAAGCAAUGCUAGCCAGGAGCCAGAUUUUGCUCUCAUUGUGAGAUGGUUGAGCAGUGAUUUUUUGACUUAAUUAAUGGCAUCAGUAGUUCAAGCCAGACUUGCCUUCCUAGUUUGUACCUUUUUUGGAGGACCUGAGUAUAACCUAGAUGAAUGAAAGAGGUUUGAGGUUUGCCAUUUAAAAUCACAGUUAGAUAAACAAUUUCAUGGCUUAUUACCUCUUUUACAAGGUAGUUUUCAUUCUGUUGAGCCUCACAGUGGAAUUUAGCUGCUUUUUAUGUGUGUGUGCAUUUAGUUACUUGGAAAACUUUAGAACAUCUUAAAGUUUACAGAAUAGAUGUUUAAUUGCAGAACAUGCAGUAUAUGUAGAAGCCUUAAUUGAAAUGCCUUUGUGCAUUUCCAUUACCAUUGUUUUCAAUGCGGUAUUUUGUGUUGAAGAAAAAAAUGCAGAGAAGUUGGUGCCUAUUUUUUGUUUUUAAAUAACUGAAACGAGUGAGGAAGUGGUCAGAAUGAGUUUCAGCUUGUACUAUUUUGUACUGUUUCCAAAAGCUUACUUUGUUUAAAAUAAAUCAGUCUAAGUUGUUUCUUUCUCAA